GUGGUAUGUAUAUGCAUGCUUAUAGCAGCAUUAUUUGGUCUAGCUUCAUAUUGGGGAAGUGUGGAAAAUGUGCAUCUGUGCUAUAGUAGUGUGCUGGAACUUCUCUGCUGGACUCUGCAGUUGCACAAAAGCACCCUUCUUGGGCAACUUUCCUUUGAUGAUUUUCAAGGAAGCUGGGCUACGAAGUGGCAAAAGUCUCUAGGAAGCAGGAUGUCAGUGCUUCUGGGGAAACAGGUCUUUUUUACCGGCGUGGCGGCUAGCGGGGGCUGCGCCCUUUUGCACUACCUGAUACAGAAAGCUUUUUCCAGGGCUUCCUAUUACCAGUGGGCGUUGGAGCAUCUGCGCAGUCACCCUGAGGCACUGGAAGCUCUGGGCACUCCUCUCAACGUUCACUACCUCCGACUCACCGACAAGUACAACUUCGUGGACAUUGCCGAUGCAAAGCUGAAGAUCCCUGUCUCUGGACCCAGGUCAGAGGGCCAUCUCUAUGUCAGCUCAUCCAGAGACGCCCCCUUUAAGAGGUGGAACCUUCAGGAGGUCUUCUUAGAGCUCAAGGAUGGCCAGCAGAUUCCCUUGUUCAAGCCCAGUGGGGAGAACAGCAACGAGCUGAAAAAGGAGUGAAGAUUUGGCUUCCCCCUCCUUCUCUUCCUUCCAACCGGUCCCCACUCACCAAUCCAGGGAUUUAGUAAUACCUGAUGAGAUAAGGUUCUGCUGCUCCCAGUUUUGGUAAAGUUGCAUUCAGCAAAGAUGAAGCUAAGCUAAAUGACACCCACGUGAAGCAGCCAGCGCUUCACCGACGGUGGCCUCUGCCCCCUGGCACAGCGGGAAGGCCAGGGCUUGCUGAAGGCUGCUCGACUCUGCUGUUUCCAGCCUGUCGUGUGAAAAGUAUGAAGAAAUACUUACCCAUCCCUGGUCUUACAGGCGAGGCAGCGUUUAUACUGCUUGUUGGGAGGCUUGGGCAAAAGACGCUUUAUCCACAGGACGCCCCGUGAAGGGGCUGGGGGCGGUCAAGGAGGAGGUGAGGGGGUGAUGAUGGGAAGAGCCUUGCCUCCUCGGCAACCUAUCCGCCCUCCAGGCUUGUCUUUCCACCGACUUCAGCAGUUGCUCAGUCGAAAGUGCUGUCAAGAAUGUGUACAGAAAAACUGACAUUUUACGAUCCAGGGUUCAAAAGUGGGAGUUGAAAAUAUUAGAAACAUGCCUCAGUAUCAUAGAUCACAUGUGGUAUAUUAAAUGCCUUUCACUAUUAAAUAAUGAGCAUUCAAGGCAGAACUAUUAUACUUAUCUUUUAAAUUUGUGUGUCAAUAAUUACCUUGCGUCUUAAUAAGGUAAUUUCUUACUUCCAAAUUAUUUUUAUGAAGUAAGAAACUAUAGGCCAAUCCCUCUCAGGAAUGUUGCAAAAUUCUAAAUAAAAUAUUAGCAAACUGAAUCCAGUGACUGACAUACAGUAAGUGGUAUAUUGUAUUUGUCACAAAAUAUUUUGGUGCCUCUCUUGCACUGCCUCCCUUCUCUAUGGGGAGAUUAUACUUCCCUGCCUGUUGAACUUAGGCUGUGUGAUUUGUUCCGGCCAGUGAAUUGUGAGUGGAAAUGACAUGCAACUUCUGAGUAAGAAGUUUUAAGUGCCAGCCCUUGGUUUGCCACGUCUUGUUUGCUCUCUUUCCUGAGAUCGGAAAUGUUCCAGAUGGCAGCUAUUCCAAGGACCUGGGUGCUGGAAUGAAGAUGACGUGUAGCAGAGCUACAGCUGAGCCACAGUGUGACGGGGUAGCAUGAGCGAGAAAUAAACCCUUGUAAGCCCUGAGGAUCGGGGGCCGUUUUCACUCCAGCUUAACCAGACUGCACCGUGACUAAGAGAGUUUAUUCCAGGAGUGCAGGGGUGGUCCCAUAGUAGGAGCACCACCAGUUCAUCACGUUAGUAAAGCCAAGGGGGGAAUUAUACGCUGAUUUUGACAGAGACAAAAAUUAAGUAUUCACAUUAAAAAUAAAUGAGAAUUAAUAGAUAAGGGAUAUGUGUGUGUGUGUAUAUAUAUAUUAUAUUCUCAAAGCCAACAUCUUAGUUGGGAAACUAGUAGAGGUUUCUACAAGAUAAGGAUGCACUCUAUUGACUGUUAUUUAUUGUAACAUUAUAUUGUAUCCAACACAAUUAGAAAAAACAAAACAACAAACCCCAAAAAACAAGAGGCCUAAAUAUUAGAAGAGUAAGGCAAUUAAUUACUGUUUACAUAGAUUUUAUAUCUGCAAGCUGCAACGCAAUCCAUGGAUCAAUACCGAGUAUUUAGUAAAGUAGAGGAUGUAAGAUUAAUUAUAGAAACAAUAUUCUUCAUGUAAACAAAGAAUAACCAGUUAGAAGAAGUAAUGGAGAGCAGACAAUACUUAAAAUAGCAAAAAGCAAACCCAAACAAAAACUACUUAGGAAAAAAGUGAGCAAGAAAUCUGCAAAACUUGUAUGAGAGAUGUUAAAACACACUACUGAAAGGUACGAAUGUAGAACUGGACAAAGGGAAAGACACACUAUGUUCUUGGAUGGCAGGAUUCUUUAUCAUAAAGAUGUCAGUUCUCCCUGAGUUAAAUUUAAUGUGAUGAUACCAGGGAUUUUUAAACGUUAGACAAGCUAAUUAAUUAUAAAUUCCUUUGGAAGAAGAAAUAAGCAAAGAUAGCUAGGAAAUCCCUGCAAAGGAAGAGUAAGGAGGGGGGGGGGCUAGUCUUACAGACAUUAACACAUAUUUGUAAAUAAAAUAAUGAAGUGCUGGCACAUGAAGAGACAAUGCAAUGAAAAUAUAGACAUGCAUAUGGAAAUCUGGUUAUGGUAAAGCAGCAUCUAAAUCAGGGAGGGAGAGGAAGACAUUUGAAAAGUGAUGUUGGAACAACCUGAUAGCCAUAUGCAAAAAGAUGAAAUUGGAUCCAUUGCUCACCAUACAUUCCAAUUGGAUCAAAAGAUCUAAAUGUAAAAAUGAAA